CCAAUGCUCAGCGGUCAGUUGUGCUUGAAAAGCUAAAGAGUGCGGAUCGCUAGUCGGCAAGUUGGCGCGUUGUGUAUGAGAACGAAAUAACAAGAAGGGCGAAAAUACCGUACUGCGAAUAGACGCGAAUCUAGCUGCAACUGAUAAAACGAAUACUAAUGAAAAAUCUGUCGAAUAACAAAGGCACACACCUACAACGAACGACGCAUUGAAAAUAAAUUUGAACAUAUACACAUUGGUGUUUACAACCGUGACGGCUACACACAAUAAACGUGUUAAAGAAAAUAAAUAUUUUGUUAACAAAAGCAACCCAUACUCUUCGUAUUUUCAUGUAUCUAUGUGUAUGACCGUCGCUUGUCAUUACUACAAUUACUAAAAUUGUGCUGAAAACAGAAACAAAUUACAAAAUUGAAGUGAAGUGAAAACAGUGAUUACUGUGUCAGGAACAGCAGCUUCUUCGUGGAAUUUUAGAACUAAACUAAAUCGAAACAUUCUGAGAACCAUAAUAACCCAGCAAACUAAAAACACGAAACGACAACUUAGCGGGGAACUUUGAAACAAGUGCGUCCAAGUGAUGUCAACUCACCCCACACAAACACACAAUUGCAUAAACACAUAUACUACACAUAUGUAAGAGAGACAGACGCACGCACGAAUAAAAGAAACUGUGGUGACUGACGGAAUAGACGACUCCGCACCCCCAUUCCGCCCGAAAAAAGUCCAGCUCUACGAUUGGAAUAAAACAAAAACAAGCUGAAGUUCAAUUUUGUAUCAACAAACACUGGAAAAGAAACACCGUAAAAAGAAGUCAUCAUCCGAAGACCUACACAGGGAGAGAAGAAGAGGAGUCAAAAAAAAAAUAACUAAACAUUGCCAAAACAAAAACACGAGCAGUUUUAAAAUUUUGAAAACCGUAAAUAUCGCUUGAAUUAAUUAUGCUAAAUGAUGACAAUAGAUGUUUUGAUAUUUGUCGUACUCAUACUGUCGUUUCUCAUAAAUAUAUUGGCACUGGCUGCCUUCUGGGUGACACCAGGUCUGCGCACAACUGCGAAUCGAUUCACAAUCAAUCUAGUCAUAAUAAAUUUGGUUGGCUGUGUUGUGCUUGCGCCCACCUUGUUUCUGAGCGGCGGUGAGUUUGUCGGAGGUCCGGGUGGUGGCAGCAAUGAUGGUGCGGGCAUUACAACCGGUUCCAGCGAGUCUGGUUUAAGCUUUUUAUCGCCUAAUGAGAAUGAUGACAGCAUUGAGUUUUACUCCAAACCUGGAAACCACCAACUGACCAUAAGACACAAUGGUAGAUUGGUGGAGAAGGAGGGUUUCAUCGUCCGGCGGAAUAGCAGCAGUGGCAAGGAGGCCAACGAUGGCGUUGGGGCUGGCUCAAGAACAAUCGAGACAAUAUACAAAUGUAACGACACAUACUGUCGCGAACUGACCAUAGACGAGAGUGUUGAAACUCUGGUCAUCACUGAGAUUGAGGAGGAGAGCUUUAGUAAGCAUAUGGAAUCUACGCCAGACGAAGAACAAAUUGAACAACAGCCAUGGCAUAAUUUCCAAAUGAGGUCAUGGUCCAUUGAUAUGGUUGCUGCACUUGGCGCCAUGGCGGUUCUUUUGGUUGUGGGUGAUACUUGGUGCGCUGUUACAGAUCCAUUGCGUUAUCAUAUUCGUAUUUCCGGACUCAAGUCAUGGAUUUUGAUCGCAUUGACAUGGUCAAUGGGUAUCUUGUUUGGUGCUUUGUCGGCCCUAAGAGAGAUUGACUUUGAGGCGGAUACCCUUGUCAGAAAAGAUAACACUGAGUAUACUACGUACUUUUCCAGCCUUAGUUCUUCCAACAACAUUUUUGAAUUAACAUUUUCAUGUUUGUAUUUUGUGCUAAUAGUUUUGCUGCCAUUCGUUUUUGUAUGCGGCAUGUAUUGGCGUAUCAUCAACGAGGCUAGAGGAAAUGGACUAAGAAUGCGACAAAAUGGAUCGUCACCUUUGAUGCAGAGUUCCUUGAAUUUAAUGCAUCGAAGUUCUAUCUCUUCCACCUCAACCCAAGGUGGGGGCUUGCAGAUGAGUAUUGAUAAACAGCCACAGGAACAUGGAUUAACAUAUUGUCCCCAAAAGGAAUCCACUCCAAUAUCUGAGGAUAGGCUAUCGGAAUUGGAUGGUAAAAAAGACAAUACGGUGGAGAUUGAUAUACAACAGCACCAGACAGAAAACGUUCUAGUUACUCUAGAAGCAGCAAAUGUGGAAGUUGAAGCUUUUUCUUUGCCACAAAACCAUAAUCCAUUGACUACAUCUUCAUAUGAACAUCAACAACAUGUACGACAAGUACUUUCAUCACUAAAUCUCCAACGAAACUUACAACAAGUUCAACAUCUACAAAAUGCUGAAGCGAGCCCCUUUGUCCAAGGCAAUUAUCAGGAAAUCAAUGAGCGUUCUCCGACUUCUCAACUUGAAAAGCACUCGUUGCAGAUGGCAAACGUACAUACCUCGCCGAAGGCUUUGGGAUAUAUGUCCUCCCUACGACAUAGGCUUUCAAAUGCGUCCUCACUCUUCAAGUAUCGCGAAGAGUCCAGAGCAGCACGCAUUAGCAUAUUAGUGGUUAUUAUGUUCCUUACCUCUUAUAUGCCUUUCGGUCUUCUGGUUUUACUUCAAAACAGAGUAUCAGCUGCUAGCUUCCUACUAUCGAAUGAGUUGGCUAUUUUUAUGAUUCUAUUAGCAAAUCUCAGUUCAGCUUUCAUAUUUGCCUAUCGUAACAAACGAGUGCGACGCGGUGUUAAAAGACUGUUGGGUUGCGACAGCCUAUGGACGAAAGCAAAACUAAAUGGGUACAGCAGCUUUAAUUACCGAAGGAACCUCAAUACCAAAACUAAUAGCAGCCGAUCCUCAGCUCAUUCAAAUAACUCCAAUCAUCAUCAACAUCCCACAUCAUCUAGUCUCAUGUUUAGCAACGUAAAUACCUCCAAUAUAUUCAUAAGGCCUACUAGCACUUGCAGUACGAUAAUUAAUUUAACUAUAAACAAUAGCAUAGAUCCAUGCCAAAAAGCUCCCGACAGAACAAAUGGUGCUCAUGCCAUUCGAUCGCACAUGGUGCUACAACAGGGAGACAUUGCCAUAGUUGAGCAAAUGCCAUUGAACGGUAGGAAUGCCUCUCCAAAGUCAUCCAUAAUAAGGAAUUAUGUAGUCUCCAAAACCUCCCAGAAGCUUGUCUGUGAUGCCGCCUACAGCGGAAUUGUAAAAGCUGAACCAACGGAAGUGUAAAGUAUUUUUUUUUAUAAAAAAAGUCACAUAUAUAUGAUAAUGUAGUAUAUAUAGUAAACAAUUGUAAACUGAAAGAAAUGUUGGGACAUUUUUAUUAGGAAAUCGAAUUUGUUAAUACUAAGUUCAAAAGUUUUUUCUAAAGUCUAAUUUUUUAAUUUUGACAUUUUUUUCAAAAUGUAAAUUUAAACCAGUUGAAAUUCACUGUAUACAAACUAGUAUUACUAAUUAAAACAUUUGAAAUAGUUUUUAAGCUAACAUUAAGCAAAAAAGCUCUUAAAAUUACGAAUUUAUUUCACGUUGAUAAACUCACUGGAUACGAUGAUUGUUCUCAGUUUAUUUUCUUGCUAUUAGGAAAAUCUAACCAAAACUAAAUAAAAUAACUAAAUUAGUUAUCCAUUUCUUUUAUUCAUCGAGAUAAUAUUCGAAGGUACGGAAACUUUAUUAAAUUUAAUUUUGAUUUUUGGAAAUUAUUUUGUAAUUAACAUUAAUGGUAAAUACAAAAUAAUUAAUGGUAAAGCAAAUAAUUGAUUUUUUUUUUUAAUUGAAGAAGAAUCUCGUACCAGGCAUUAAACAAUUGAAAAGGGUUAAAGCGCGCACACUCGGCUAACCGCUGUAUGAUAAAUCAAUUAUUCAUGACCUUUUAAAGAUAACACAUUUGAAUAAAAAGAAUAAAUCGAUAAUAAUGAACAAU